AUGGCCUUCUUGCGGUUUCUACUAAUCUCUUGUUGCAUAUUAAAGGUGAUUUUUUUGAUUAAAUUGAACAUUUUCUGCUUAGUUCUUGAACUUCUUCAUGAAAUCUUCUUUUUAUUGCUAUAAUUUUUUUGUCGAGAUAUCAACAAUAGAAAAUAAGCGGAAAAAGUUUCGUCGGAAAGUUCACUCUCGAUUUUUUCGCGAGUAGCCUGCAGAAACGAGGCUUUCGGAACCGUUGUUAUCGAAAAUUUUGGAAUUUGUUUUCGUAUCAACAUCAAAAAUUUUCGAUCUCCGUGUUUUUCAAACUACUUUGAACACGAAACAAGAAAACUGUGGUUUUUUAGUGUCAUGGCUAAAAUAUAUUCACUUGCAUAAAUAAAGACUAAGAUGGAUACUUAGGCAGUCUGGACGUUGAGCUUCUCGGAAUGCAACGUCACGAGGUCUUGCUGGCAUCAGCCGCCGGCCUGUGCAGAGAACAAUCAAGGCGUCUGUAUGUCGGGAGUCGAAUGGCAGAUACUGCCCGAAGGAGUCCUCAUUGAGGUUUGUCCAACAAAUCCAUGCAUGAGUGUACCAAGACCCAAGUUCCAGAUAGAAGCCCAAACCAGCGACCUCGACCAAACGCGGCCAUUCUACGCCGCCGUCGGCUUCAGCUACAACCAGAGAAUGGUCAGUAGAAGCAUUGUUUGGGAAAAAUCUUCGCAUGUGUAGGAUGACGACACUGUGUUUGAAUGCGUCGUGACGCAAACCGGAACGGGUCAGGUGCAGCUGUCGUUCAACGACGAGUCCUUCAACCACGUCCUUCCCCAGGUUAAGGUGAAAACUUUUCAAGUUUUAAUUUUUCCAGUCUGAAGGCGUCCUCGGUUAUGGUCACAGACGGAUCGACGUCUUUUGUCGACGGAGUUUUGACUUGCAGCGGCAAGAUCCUUUUGGACAACAAGCACCUCGUUGCAAAAACGCAGCAGUUCAUGGUACUGUUCUUUUUUCUUUCUUAGAAAAAAAAUUUAUUUUUUUAGAUUCACGAUAUUGAAAAACCAGCCUCACUAUCUUUUGUUUGCUCGCGGAAAUGCCGAUCCUUUCAGUAUGUCCAUUUUUUAUACUUAAUAACUCUUAUUAAUUUUUUUUCGCAGUCUUUAAAAUUAUUUUUAAGCACUCGAGAAGGAUAUUCAUUCGACGAAUGACGGCUCACAAUUUCCAUGGAUGAGCGAUGAAAUGGUUCGAUAUUUUUCACAACUGUUUUAAAACCACUUUUUGUUCAACUUUCAGGUUCGAAUUUGUCGAAACUGCUCCGAUCACGAUCUCUACCACGUUACUCGGAUGAGACAGACCUACCACGUCGAGCGUUAUUGGCGAUAUCGCAUCGCUGUUUGGCACGGUAGUUCUGCGAUCUUGAUGUCUUCUGCAUUCGACGUCUUCAGGAAUUCUGAUGAUGUUCGCUUGGUGGGUCCUCGCCUCUACCGCAAUCCUUAUUGCUCGCUACUUCAAGCCCCUGUUCCCUCGCACUAAGCUUCUAGGUACUGCUGUAUGGUUUCAGGUUAAUAAAAAGAAAUGGCAAAGGCCAAAUUUUCAUUUCAGUUCCAUCGUGACAUGAUGGUAGCAUCAGUUGUAAUCCAAGUCAUUUGCAUUUUCUUCAUUUUUUAUCAGGCCGGUUGGAUUUGGUAUCAGUGCUCCUACCUCUGCACUUCGGAUGUAAGCCAUCCGGUUUUUCUUGAAAAACAAGCUUCAAAUAUAAACUGUAGGAUUUCGCGAAAAAGAUGCACGCUAUCACUGGCUUCACAGCAACCGUUCUAGCAGUCAUGCAGGUAUUUUCAAAAUAUUGUUUGGGAGCCGGAGAAUAUUCGACGUUUCCAGCCUAUCGGCGCUGCUCUCAGACCAGCCCCCUCUUCUGAGAACCGAAUCUGGUUCAGCUGGGGCCACUGGCUGUUCGGCAUGUUCGCCUGGUGUCUGGCCAGUAAGUCAUAACUUUUUGUGAAGUACUUGAUUUCAAUCAGAAUCUGCUCUUGAAUGCGUUUCUCAUCUUGAAAUGAAAAAAGUUCUUGACUUCCACUAAGAACUUGAAAAAAUGCGUUCACAAAUUGAUUAAACUUUUUUCCUUCCGUCCUGUCAAACUAAAGUUUUAUCAAGCUCAGCAGGUUGCAGAAGUUUGAAAAAAUGUUAGAAUUUAGAAAAAGUUACUAUUCCAUCUCUCCGAAGCUAUUCGAAACAAAUUAUCCUUUUAGCGGCAACGAUUGUACUGUCGCUGCCGAUCGGAAAGACAGGCCUCAACCGAGUUUUCGGCCAUCUUCCCAACUGGAUCGUCCUCGGUUACAUCUUGUUUUUUGUCGGCUGUAUGCUUCUGCUCGAGAUCCUGACGUCACCGAGAAGUGGAGAAAAGGCCGAAAGCGGCAUCCAGCCUCAUCGGUUCACCGUAGGACCGACAGGAAUGGCUUUGGCCAAUCUGAACACUCCAAUUCGAGAUGCUCCCAUCCCAGAGCCCAAGGUUUGCGUGACCCAUUCCGCUUCUUUGAAAUUGGUUUUAUUUUCACCAGUAAAAAUAAUGGGAGAAUGAAGGUCCACGAAAACAACAAAGAAAAAAAAUGACCAAAAACUCAGUGCAUCUCACCAUCGCAAAAAGGGGCGUGGCUCUGUGGUCUCUAAUGAAAGACCUCGGAGCAAAAAUAAUGCUUAGUGUAGUAAGAAACAUGGGAGCAGAAGUUCGAGAAAACUUCCAAUUUGUUUCGAGUUUGGUGAAAUUAUCAAGAAUUCUAAAUAAAGCUGAUUAAACAAUUUUUCAGCAGACCAAACUCCGUGUUCUCAUCGUUCUUCUUCACGUGGUGGUCAGUCUGUGUGUGGUCAUCACCUUCGCCGUGAUGCUCUUCAAAAACCUUUAUUCUCAUUCGCCAUGA